AAGCCUCCAAACCUCUGACCUUCUCCGCUUCUGUAGCGUUAAUCUACCUCGCAUCGGAGGGUGUCUGCAGCUAUCAAUUUUAGGAUAAGAGCACAGGGGCGAGAUUCAGCCAUGGAUGUGCAUCCUUGCUCUCCCUACUAUGAUGUGCGGCGACAUUAACUCCAGGCCGUGGCUAGGAUUGGCCAUUGUACCUCUGCUGGUUUUAGACGCUGGGUCAACAACCAGUCCUGACACAAGUACGAACGAACUUCUCUGCGCGCCCAUCCUUUGUCCCGCGCGAGGGAGUAGUAGUUACCCAUUUCGGCACUAUCUAUUAUCACCACCAUGCGGAAACUCGUGGAGAAUCAUUGCCUUGUAUCGACUUAGCCAGCCGUCCGUGCACUAGGAUCCCAUCCUCCUAGGACCAUUUGUGGCCCAGUCGAGUCCCACAGACAUUGGAUCGCAGCUUCCUUUGGGGCCUCGAAUGCUCUAUCUCUGAAUCGGUCCGUAAGUGUGGAGUAAGAAGAGGAGACUACUUGGUCUGACGCAAGACUGGAU